CGUCAGACACAGUGCCAAGUAAGCAGUGCCACAUCAGCAGUGCCACGUCAGACACAGUGCCACGUAAGCAGUGCCACAUCAGCAGUGCCACGUCAGACAGUGCCACGUAAGCAGUGCCACAUCACCAGUGCCACAUCAGACAGUGCCACGUCAGCAGUGCCACGUCAGCAACAUGACGGGCCUGCCAGGCCAACUGGCCAAUGAGCCCAUUGCCGACUACAAAAAGCGCUUCCAGGCUCAGCUCGCUGUAAUCGAGGCUGAGGAACAACGCCAGCUGGCAGCCAAGGCUGCCCAGCUACAGGCUGACGAAGCGGCAGCAGCAGAGAAGCUCCGGCUACAGGCUGAAGCAGACGCAGAGGCCCAGGCUCACCGCAAGGAAGCCCAGGAUCUGCUGCAGCGGCAUGAAGCAGCCAGCGUUGACAAACUCAAAUUCUGGCACUUUGAACCCAACGGCGACGACGCGACACCGGAAGAGCAGCAUAAGGAGUUUCUCUCCAAACUCGUGACACGGCUGUUGUACACUUGCAACUACCAACAGUCCGAGUUGGAGAAACACUACCAGGACCUGACGCAACAGCAUCAGGAGUUGGCGAAGCUCCGCCGCACAGUGCAGAGCCACGAGGAUGCAACGCGGGCACUCAAUGCCCGAAUGCUGGACCUGGAACAGGCUGUACCAGGACCAGCUGUUGGGGCUUCCAGCAGUGCAACCUCUAGCCGCCAACUGGAGGAACGCGUUGACCACGUAGUGGAAAUGCUCGGCGACAUCAGCACCUUCGCUGCGCCGACCACCAUCAGCAGUCAGCUGCAUACCUUGAAGACCGAGGUCCAGCAGCUGCAGUCGACGGACGCGGAUGACAAUCCGAAGAUGUACAAGAUGCCAACUUUCCAACUGGACAAGUUCGACGACUACACGCAGCAGGAUCCGGUCCUCUGGUGGGAAGCAUUCACAACGCAACUCAGGAUUCUGCCCGUAGCCAAGCAUGCGUACAUCGGCGCCUUGUUCCUAAACUCAAAGGGCGGAUGCCAGACCUGGUUGAGCCACCUGGCAACCUCCCACGGCGUCGACGUACCGGACUUGAAGGACAAGAUCACAUGGGGGGAACUGACACGGCUGUGGAAGAAGCGGUUCAUCGUCGACUACGCGCCAGCACUCGCCAUCAACCGUCUGUUCACCAUGUCACAGGGCAACACUGCAACACGGGACUGGCUGACAAAGUGGCAGAAGAUUGCGGCAGUGCCCAAUCUGGACUUGCCAUUCAUACAUCUCAGACGUCAACUGCACAUGAGAUAUCAACAUGGCAGCCGACCUAUGUGGAGAAGGUACAAACUGGUCCGCGACAGCAGCACUUCGCCGCAGUCCAGUCGGACAGUGGAGAUAACCCAGCAGCCACUCCAGCAUCAAGUGACGGAGAUCAGGUGGCUGCUGUCCAGCUGCGAAGCAACAACAAGUCCCGCAACAAUGGGAACCGAAAUCCGCAUCGCAAGCCGGAAAUGGACAGCCAGUACAAGUUCCAUGGGUCAAGUUCGGCUUGACCGAGGCGGAGUACAAGGUCCGAGGCCGCUACGGCAGCUGCUAUUGGUGCAACAGCACCAAGCACAAGACCUCCCUGUGCCAGGAUCAGGGCAAGGAGGAUGUGCGACACCGCCUCAGCUCGGGAAACUGAGCUCCGCGGAAGGUGAGGCGACUCCACCUUCUACUCCGCCAGAUUCGACCGCCUUGCUAGCGGCCUCCUGCACAUCUGGGGAGAACGCGAAUGUCGCAGUACCGACUCCGUUGAUGGACGCCGGAGUAGAGGUUGUCGACCUUCACGUCUACAUUGCGAAGAUCGACCGCGAGUUCAAGACGCAACGGUACGACGACAUCGACGCACCAUUGCUAUAUGUACGCAUUCAGAUCGGAGAAGCGACCAGCGCUUUGAUAGAUUGCGGAGCAUCUCGCAACUACAUCAGCCAGGACUUCAUGGUGCGCGUCGGCCUUGGCCCACGCGUCCGGAGGAAGCCCCAGCCUACGCAAGUCACAUUGACGGACAGUCACACGCACAAGUCAAUCGACCGGUGCAUUGACAGCGUCCCAGUGUACUUUGCCCCUCACGCAAGUGAGGCGGUGUCCUUUGACAUUCUGGACACCAAAUUCGACAUGAUCUUGGGCAUGUCAUGGCUGCGAAGCAAGGAUCACCCGGUGAACUUCUCCAACCGCACCGUUCACGUUCGUGACCGGAACGGAGUAUUAGUUUCAUGCACGGUGCCUCUUCCUCAUCCUUCGAUCAGCUGCCACGUGGUAUCCGCCGCAAGCAUGCGAGCUUCCAUCAUCAGAGACGACAUCGAGGAGAUGGGGGUGUGUUUUCUCCACGCCCUCCCGCCCCAUGACGCUUCAUCGACGGACUCACCUUCGGAUCCACGCAUCGCCGAGCUUCUCGACGCCUACAGCGACGUGUUCGAAGGCCCGCACGGAGUAGUACCGGACCGACCCAUCCGCCACGAGAUCAUCCUCGAGGACAGGGCCGUACCUCCGCGCGGUUGCAUCUACCGAAUGAGCGAGGAAGAGUUAAGCGUGCUUCGGGCACAACUCGACGACCUUCUGGAAAAAGGAUGGAUUCGGCCUAGCUCAUCGCCAUACGGUGCUCCUGUUCUCUUCGUCUGGAAGAAGAACAAGGACAUGCGGUUGUGCAUCGAUUAUCGCAAGCUCAACGCACAGACGAUCAGGAACGCCGACCCUCUCCCACGCAUCGAUGACCUUCUCGAGCGAUUGGGCGGCGCCCAGUUCUCCUCUAAGCUGGAUCUCAAGUCAGGGUACCACCAACUCGAGAUUCGCAAGGAGGAUCGCUACAAGACCGCGUUCAAGACACGGGAAUUGCUGACUCAAGCCCGCGCAAAUAUGCAAAAGGCUCAAGUCCGCAUGCAGCAGCAAGCCAACAGGCGUCGCGUACCAUGUCCCAUCAGCGUCGGUGAUCUGGUUUGGGUCUCCGAGGAAGAGUUUGCACUGGAACAGGAUGUUUCACGCAAACUGCUUCCCAAGUGUUUUGGACCUUGGUCUGUGACAGCAGCCGCGGGCGAUGAGCCCGAUGGCCCUUCAUUUGUGAUCAACAUUCCAGAGCAUCUGACGGUCCAUCCGGUCUUCCACGCCUCGAAGCUAGCAACAUACACGCCAGCCAAGAGCGAAGACUUUCCGGGCCGACGAUCGCACGACCCUCCCUCUAUGGAUGGUCAUCAGGAAGUUGACCGCGUCAUCUCCGAUCGCAAGUACGGCAGCAAGCCGCAGCAGUACAAAGUCACAUUCAAAGCAUGCGAUCGCGACGACACUCGGUGGAUUUCAGGCGCAGAUUUGAAAGCAUCCGCACYGCUGAUCUACGCGCAUUAUGAAAAGCGGAGGUUAGCUCAGGAAGCUUCACGACCAGCCCCUCCCACCAGGACUGUGGUCCCUCCCUCAGACAGACAGCUUCGCCCUCGCAGGUAAGCUCGGUUCUUCAAGGAGGGGGGGGUGUGGCAUACUGCAUAGCCACACGAG